AUGGCAAAACAAGUCCCGGACGAAGAAGGCCCUGCGCCCAUUGCCGCAGAGCAGCGGGCUCGCGAUGAAAAGAGAGAGUCGAUUGAGCCUGUGACGGUUGAGAAUGUAGAUGAAGAUGAGCCCAAGCUGCACAAGCCAGCCACUGCGUUUGACGUCCUCACCCAUACGAUUCAUCUCAACGAUGACCCUACUCUAUCUGCAAUCACAUUUCGCUCCUUGGUACUAGGCCUGGGCCUCUCCGUCUUUGGCGGCGUCUUAUCCGGCAUCUUCUACUUCAAGCCGCAGUUCGUCUCCAUCCCCGCCGUAUUCAUCGCCGUAGUCGCCUUCCUCCUCGGCGAGGCCAUGGCGCGCCUACUCCCGCGCCAAGGCAAGAUCGGGCGCUUCCUCAACCCGGGCCCCUUCAACGUCAAGGAGCACCUGGCCAUCACCAUCAUGGCCAACGCGGCGAGCACGUCGGCGCUCGGCCUCGAGAUCGUCUCGGCGGAGCGCCUGUACUACGACCGGCGCUUCAGCGGCGCCAUCACCUUCUUCAUGCUCAUGUCCUCGCAGUGCAUUGGCUACGGCAUGGCCGGCCUGAUGCGCCGGACCAUGGUGUACCCGGCCGCCAUGCUGUGGCCGUCGAACCUGCCCAUCAACACCAUGCUGGAGCGGCUGCACUCGCGCGCGCCGAGCAACCGCAAGCCGUUUCGCGUCUUCCUCUACGUCUUCCUCGGCAUCUUCUUCUGGGAGAUUAUCCCGCAGUGGAUAUGUCCACUGCUGACUGGCAUCAGCGUCUUUUGCCUCGCCAACCGCAACAGCCCGACGUUUACCAACAUCUUUGGAGGCGCCGAGGGCAACGAGGGCCUCGGCCUCUUCUCCAUCUGCCUCGACUGGCAGUACAUCUCGGGAGGCCAGUCGCCGCUGUACUUUCCCGUGAGCAGCCUCAUCAGCCAGGGUAUUGGCAUCACUGGCUGCAUCGUCCUGUUCAUCGGUGUCUACUACAGCAACAUAUGGGACGCCAAGAAGUUUCCGUUUCUGUCGCAGCUCAUCUUUUCAGAUGAUUCGACGGCCGGCAACCCGGUGGAGUGGAACCAGACGGCCGCCAUCGGACCGGAUGGCAAGAUUGAUCUCGCGGCAGCCGCACAGCUCGGCCUGCCCAACUUUUCCGCUAGCAACGUCCUGAACGUCCUAUUGACCAACAUGUGUAUCGCCGCCGCCAUCACGCACCUGAUUCUCUGGUACCCGACCGAGAUCAAAGCUGCUUUCCGCUUCCUCAACCCACGCCGCGUCCUUGCCAGCAUCAACUCUGUAAAGGCUCGCCUGGGCCGCUCUUCGGACGCUCCCCCGGCCGACCGCGAAAGCACUUCCGAGGCGCACUACGAUCCGCACUACCUCUUGAUGCAAAACUACAAAGAAUGCCCCGACUGGUGGUACGGCAUCGUCCUCGUCCUGUCCGCCGCCGUGGGCCUCAUCAUCAUCUACCAGAGCAGCAGCACGCUCCCCUGGUGGGGGUUCUUCGUCGCCCUGCUCGUCGGCUACUGCCACCUGCUCAUCUUUGGCUCCAUGCAGGGCAUCACGGGCGUCAGCUUCACGAUCCAGUCCAUCAUCCAGAUGAUUGGCGGCUACAUGCGCCCGCGCUUCCCGAUCGCCAACAUGUACUUUUCACUCUACAGCUACAACUCGCUGCUGCAGGGCGUGCUGCUGGCCAAGGACCUCAAGCUCGCGCAGUACGGGCACCUCGCGCCGCGCACCACCUUUUGCAUGCAGAUGGUCGGCACCGUCGUCGGCGCGGGCCUCAACUACGUCAUGGCCAACAGCAUCAUCGACAACCAGGCCGACAUCCUGCGCAGCGUGCAGGGCACCAACAUCUGGUCCGGCGCCAUCACGCAGCAGUUCAACGCGCAGGCCGUCACGUUCGGCGGCUUCCCGCACGAGCUCUUCAGCGUCGGCGCAAAGUACCAGUGGGUGCCGCUGGUGACGUUUCUCGGCUUCCUCGCGCCGGUGCCGUUUUGGCUCGCGCACCGCCGCUGGCCGCGGCUGGGCCUCGACCUCAUCAACACGCCCGUCAUCAUGUUUUACCUGUGCUACCUCAACCUGGGCAUCAACUCGUCGGUCAUGACUUUUUUCGCGGCAGGAUUCGCCGCCCAGUGGUAUGUGCGUCGGCGCCACCCGAACAUCUUUGUCAAGUACAACUACCUGGUGUCGGCGGCACUGGACGGCGGCACGUCGGUCAUGGUUUUCAUUCUGUCAUUUGCGGUGCUGGGGGCCUCAAAAGCAGCCGUGAAAUUUCCAAAUUAUUGGGGAAACCCAGCCAACGGUCAUAUCGACUAUUGCUACAAGGCGUCCGAUUCGUAG